GGCUUUCCGGCCCGGAGCCCUGACGGCAUCACAGGGCGAUGUCGGUAACCAGUCCCGCGUUUUCAUGGGGGUGCGGCGGGGGCUCGGGAGACCGAGCAGCCACACAUUUCCCAAGCUCCCCCACAGAUGUCAGGGAAAGACGGGCCGGGCGCGGAGAGAAGGCCCCGCCCCGUCCCGCCCGCUCUACCCCCGCCCCGCCCCGCCCAGGGUUGCAGAGGACGCCUCUUACCCGACGUGCACCAGGUCCUCAUUUGCAUGUCUCCAGAGGUAAACCACGCGGGUUGCACGCUGCCAGAGCGACUUACGUUCAGCAGGCGAGGUCACGAGCCUCGUGACACCUCCCUCCCAGCCUCCUGCGUCUCCACGGCAACGCAACUGCGCCACUACUAAAUGCCCGUAUGUAUCCGUGUCUUUGGAACUGAGUGCUUGCAGUCAUCAAUUAAAACCUGCUGUUGUCAAAAUGUGAAAAGCAGCGUUUGCUAGUAUUCUUUGGAGGCUGCGCUCAGGGAGGAGCCUGUGAGAACAGAUCCCAGCGGCGAGCUGCGUUUCAGCGGUUGCACACCCAGGGCUACAAAGCCAGGUCAGCGUCAGGACGCAGCGAAGAAACCAGCAAGGCUGUGGCUGCUUCCCUGUGGGGCCUCAACAAUCAUCAGUGCAAAUGCAGAAACGAUUCUUUGCGCAGUUCACAAGCCAGGACGUCUUCUAAGUGGAAAUGCUCAGCUUCCCGCUGCCCGGGCUUCGGGAUAAGGAAGAAAAGCUCUCAAGUUAAUGUCCUAAUAAAACAAAGGCACAUGGCUACAUUA